AUGGAGGUGGUCACAAAGACCAGCAGGAAGUCCACUCGACGUUCCAGGAACGGCUGCCGGACAUGCCGAGCGCGACACAUUAAAUGCGAUGAAGCGCCUGGUGCGUGUAACAACUGUACAUCGACGAAACGACACUGCGACGGAUAUGAUCUUGGUCGGUUACAAGGAAAGAAGAGGAAGGCCUCCGUGGCGGCGCUGCAAGAUGUGGGAGUCCACUUAGGUUGGGUCGCGACCAGUGACGAACAACGAUGCUUCUCUUUUUUCAUGCACUGCUCUGUUCCAGAUUUGACGGAUCUAUUCAAUGCUCCUCUCUGGCAGAAACAAGCGUUGCAGAUGAGUCUGGGCGACCGUGCAGUUUACCAUGCGGCGAAUAUGCUUGGUGCACUACACGAGGAUUCCAAUGACAAUAAUAUGCGUCUUUCCGGCGAGAAUCUCCGUAGGUCUCAGCAUCGUGUUGCGCUGGAGCAAGCAUCGCGAUCUUUUGCGCAUCUGCACGCUCGCAAGGCGUCCCAAGACCCUCAGUUCCAGGAAGUGGUUCUGUUGUGUUGUCUGCUUUUUAUCAUGGGUGACAUGGUCCUCGGACGAUAUGAAAAUGCUUUCAAUCACCUGCGAAGUGGUCUUCGGGUCUUGAAGGAAGCACAACAAAAGCAAAAUAUUAAUAAAUGCCUGCGCGAGACAUAUGCACGGCUGGAGGCCCUGGCACCUCAUUUUGGAACAGGGCACCAACCCCUCUUUCCAGCCGUUGAGUUGGGAUCGCCUGAACUGGAUUUAAGCGUCUCUCCUUUCAAGACACCUGCCGAUGUGCAUAGAAUCGUGUGCGGCUACUCGAAUGUUGCCGUUCCAUUCCUGGCAAAGUGCUGGUCACUUUCACCCGCCCAAAGAGCAGCAGAUUAUGUUGAACUUGCCCAUGAUAGAGAUAUCUACAUCGCCAGUUUCCGUAGGAUAGAGUUGAUGCUGGAUGACUUCUAUCGCGAGUUUGAGCCCAAUGCCACGUAUCAAGAACGAAAGGGGGUCGAACUCCUGCGACUUCAAAUACCUGGUCACUAUAUAAGCUUAGAAACCUGUCUCAUGGAGGGACCAGCACCUGAAUCCUUGCUAGCUUCGUUCACCCGGCACAUGGAGGCCCAUGAGCGCUUCAUGGCCUUGUUUCCCGAGCGCCCAACGAUUUCCUUGGGUCACGGCGUUAUCCCUGCCCUUGGUGUAGUCGUUACCCGAGGCCCAACAUACUCCAUUCGAUUGAGAGCACUUAAAGCCUUGUCCUCUUGGCCUCAUUGUGAGGGAUUCUUGAAUUCCAACGUGAUCGCGUGUGUGGGAAUAGAGUGUCUGAAAGCGGAGCUCCUGAGAAAGGGCCAAGGAGAGAUGCCUUUUUUUAAUGAAAACGAGAGUGAAGAAUUGACCAAGUUUUGGUCUGAAACAGUCAGGUCGGUGCCGCAGCUUGAGAAGUGGUCGCCUGUCCGAUCAGCUCAAAUUCUUCAAGAGGGUCCAGUAUGA